GAGAGAGAGAGAGAGAGAGACAGAGUGUUCCAGAGAGACUUGGAGAGAGAGAGAGAGAGAGAGAGAGAGAGCGCAAUGAAGGGAGUGAAAAGAGGGACUGUGUAUGGGCCACUGACCAUGGCGGUGGUGAUGCUGUGCGCGAUGGUGGUAAUUGUACCGGGAGUCUCGGCUACUCGCUGGACCGUGGGAGCGAACAUGGGUUGGACCACCAAUGUUAACUACACUAUUUGGGCUCAGGACAAGCACUUCUACAAUGGCGACUGGCUCUUUUUUGUGUAUGACAGGAACCAGAUGAAUGUGCUAGAGGUGAACAAGACGGACUAUGAGACAUGCAAUUCUGAUCAUCCUCUUCACAAUUGGACUACCGGAGCUGGAAGGGAUGUGAUUCCACUAAAUGUGACUCGACAUUAUUACAUCAUUAGUGGCAAGGGGUUCUGCUAUGGCGGAAUGAAGCUAGCUAUACGUGUGGAAAACCUGCCACCUCCUCCCACAUCUUCGUCUUUGAACGAGAAGAGCAGUUCCCCUAGUUUAACUUCCAGAAGCAAGAUUGUUUUGCCAAUGGUUUUUGCUAUUGGAGCAGUAUGGGAUGCAUUUCGCCGGUUCUGGUACUAAGCAUGUUGAUCUUCAAGAUUUAGCGUUUUCGUGAGGGUAUCAAAAUUACUUUUAGACAGUCUUUAGCCAGUUUGUGGAAUUGAGUUGUCUCCCUCUUUGGUGUUUCUUUUGUGGGGUAAUUUAUUUUGUGCUGUUUUUCCUUUCAUGGUAGUUGGCCUUCAAAUUUUCAAUUGGGUGUUGUUGCUGAUUAGGUGGUGAUUGAGUUGUCCGACAUAAUGACUGUAACACUAUGGAAUGGUUUUAUUUUCUUUAAAAAAAAGAGAGAGCGAAAUGGUUUUAUU